GAAUAUGACUCGGUACUUUAUCGAGCUUCUGGGGGAGCCACCUCUCCCUGCGGAGCUACUAAGCAGGGUCGCAAAGAAGAAGUGGUGGUGCGGCAGCCUGUGUGGGGGAGUGAACGAUACUCUUCCUGGAAUGGGCUUGACAUGGAGCAAGCAUCCGCACAGAAUAACCUUGAAGGACGUGCACCGUGCAACAUGCAUGGUCCGGAUCUUCAUGCUUGUCUUCAUUUGCGUGAACAGCAGCCAGCUCUCCUUGAGCAUGUGGCCGGGGUCCGUCGAGAUGGAUGAUAAGGGAUGGUGCAUUUCCGUGUCACCACUGACCACUCCAUGGCUCAACGGGACUUUCGUCUUUCUGUCGGUGUGGGCGUCCUUCAUUGGCAUGGCGGGUUUCGCUGUGAUCUCCGGUUCUUUAAGCUCGGUCCUGGAUGUACAGCUGCGGAAGGACAGCGACGAGUCAGAUGACAAGCUCCUUCGCAACUUUAGAGUGGCUUCGCAGUCCAAAACGGUGGCAGUCUACAUGCUCUUGCCACUGCUCCUACCCAUCCUAUCUUCUUUGCCAAUGGGUACUAAAAGCGUGCUCCUGCCAGUGCAGGGGAUCCAUGUGGUUGGAGCCCAGAUGAUGGUUCAAGAGGAGACGCUCUUGUGCCCGGUCUACGAUAAGGAAGUGUGCGCGCACACCCUCUACGCGAUGUGCGUGUCUCUUGGGAUGACGUUCGUCUCCUUCAGGAACCUCUGGAUAUUCAAACCUGCAGAUAUGUCAAACGAAAGGCUGUUGGAAGUCUUGUCAAGGCUCAAUCCCAUCGAGGAGACCCCGCAUUCUGAUGGCGAAUCCGAAGAGGCUUCGACUUCCGAGUCAGCACGUGAGUGA